AUGGCUGCAACACCGGUGAAGCGCAGAUACACUGCCGUUGCGGGAUUUUUCGAGCAAGAUUACGCAUCCAACAGCCUCUCCUCCAAAGAAGGGGUGAGCACCACCACUCUACCAGGACUUGGCUUGAUUGACAGGCCCUAUGACACCGACGAGGCAUUCGACCCGCGCCGGGAGAAGCAUGCUUGGGAGCGCUUUGCUCACUACCUAGACCAUCUAAAUACCACCAGCGCUGGCAAAGCUGUAUACAAACUGAUCUAUGCCGCCCGCCACGGAGAGGGCUACCACAAUGUGAAGGAGAGAGAAGUCGGAACGCGCGCCUGGGAGUCCCACUGGGCGAAGCUCGACGGCGACGAGAAGACGAUCUGGGCCGACGCGCACCUCACAGAGCGCGGCAUCGGACAGGCGCAAGCGAUGAAAACCUUCUGGGAAACCAGCGCGUCGACCCUGGGCUUGCCCCUGCCGCGGCGACACUACGCAAGCCCGCUCGCCCGCUGCCUGGAGACGUGCGAGCUGGCGUUCUCGGACUUGACAGUGUCGUCGUCGUCGUCAUCAUCGAACCACCACCACGGGACGGAGAAAAUAGUAGUAGUGAUACCGCCCUUCAAGCCGGCCAUCAAGGAACUGCUGCGCGAGAGGUUGGGCGUGCAUACGUGCGACCGCCGGCGGACGCGCACGUGGAUUCGGGAGCACCACCCCGUCUUUGCGAUCGAGGACGGCUUUGCGGAGCAGGAUGAGCUGUGGAGGCCCGAUGUCCGGGAGACGCUGUUGGAGCAUGCCGCUAGGGUGGAGGGAUUCCUGGACGACCUGUUUGCGAAUGACGGCGAGACUGUCGUUUCGGUCACGGCACACUCGGGUACUAUCCACGCGUUGUAUGCGGCGAUUGGGCAUGAGGAGGUGAGGGUUGCGCCGGGGGGUAUUGUUCCUGUUUUGAUCAAGGCUGAGAUUUGAAAGCCGUCCGUGAUACGGGGGCUACAUGCCUGGUAUCGUGUUUCAAUGGUUCAAGAGGCCGUCCUUAAAGGCUUUGUUGUAGGUAGAGGACUCGGAUGAUUCAAACAAUGAUUGCUUUGGAUUAACAACUCGAGAUACGACUUGAGUCCCCUCGGCCAACAGACGGCGCACUUAGUGGGCGCGCCGAAGAUGCAGUGAUUGUUAUUUCAUUUCAGG